UGGAUCUGUUUCGGAUCGGUGCCACUGACGUGUGCUUUAAUUAUCAGCUUCCUUCUUGGAAGUGUUCCAUUGAGGCUCCGAUGCUCCGGUGGGAACGACACACACUCCUCGCUGCAUCUUGUAUCCUAUUUGUGAGGGCUAUCGUGGUCCAAUUACCUUUCUUUGCACAUAUGCAGGCACUCGGCACAGUACACAUCUUCAGUAGCACUAGAAAUUCAUACUUAUUUACUUGGCUUCCUUCGUCAGUGUUUGAUGAUUCAUUUUGCAGCGACAUGUUCUGAAAAGGCCCUUGGCAGCAACAAAAUGACUGGUGUUUGCAACAUUGUCCAUGUGUUGGUUCUCUGCCGUCAUAGCUAUAUUCAACGUGUAUCAGCUUUGCAGUGGAGCAUGUUGUUCGCCGUGGGUCGAACUGAGGCCAAGACUGAUGAGUUGAAGGCGAGAACAAACUACUACUCUACCCAGCAACUUAUACAGAGAUGUGGUCUUGACCCUGCUCAAGCUCAUCCACACCGCUGUCACUAUAGCUGCUUCUGUGAGUCUCUUGUCAUCUUCUUCGCCGCCGGCUUGGUAAAUCUCUCAGUUUACUUCUCCUCUUCCUCUCUUGAGCUCUGUAGAAAGUUGCAUGAACCAGAGGCCGAGGGCAAAGUGCAGUAGGCGGUGCAUUGGUUAUAAUAUAUGUGUAGCCAGUAAGGGAUGGUUCGUUCUCAUCUCAAAGGCCUAAAGAUCCGUUG